AGGAGAGUCGUCGUCCUCCUCUCUCUAGCUUACUCGCCCUCAAUGAAAACUCCCUCUGCUCUCGCGUCCCCAACCUUCACCGUCAACCUUCGCUCACCCCUCACAACCUCUCACAACCUCUCAUUCGCUCACCUCUCACAAUCUCUCUUAAAAUCGCCUAUCGUCGCUCACAUCUCACUCAAUCUCUCUGAAACGAUGCAAGAAACCAAUGGCUAAAACAAAAAGGGCUCACCUUCGGCGGUGGCGACGGUGAUGAUGAAGCCUAGACUUCACUAUUUCGCCUCUCUAUUCCAGCUUAGGGUUGAUAAUUUGGUAUCUUGGAUUCAAAAGAGGCGUUCCUGCAAAGCACUUUCUUUGUGCUCAGUAUCGGAUUGGUCCAUUUGAUGUACGGAUUCGUAACAGUGAAAACGGUGAGCUUCCAUCUCCAAAACCUCAUGCAGUUCAUAUGUGUUAUCAGUAAUUUGGCAGAAAUCCACUGCUUUUGGUGGAGUGAUUUCUUCAUACUUCGAUGCAAUGAGCAUAGCGGAAACACCGAGCAGCUGAAGCUUGGAUCUAUUGAGAGAAUGGAUAGAUAGGAAUUUGUCAAUGUAGGAAACAGCUAGAUGAAGAGUUUCUGGGAGAAGUUUGUAUUCAUCCGCAACCUCAACUAACCAAUCCACCAAUGUUCUCCUCAUAUUUGUAGUAAUGCAUCUCUGAACUUUAUCCAUGUAAUCACCCGCUGGUCUUUGUUUGUCCUGCAUCUCCAUUGUGCGAAGGUAAUCUGAGAUAUCGGAUAGGUAAGGCUGGAUAAUCUGCUGAGUGUCACGUUUUGCAUUGCUUUUGUUACAAACAGACUUAUCCAAAUUGGAAUUAGGAAGUAAGGAAAUUGUUGAAGUUAAUGCUGAUUUGCUGAGGUUCUUGAAUUGGCUGGAAAUGCUGCAAGGGAUAACAAGAAGACUAGAAUUGUGCCAAGGCAUGUUCAAUUGGCUGUUAGAAACGAUGAAGAACUGAGCAAGCUACUUGGUGAUGUUACCAUUGCCAAUGGCGGCGUGAUGCCCAAUAUUCACAACCUGUUGCUUCCAAAGAAAACUGAUUCCUCCAAGGGUGCUGGUGACGAUGAACGAUUCUUUGAUAAAAGCUGAUUUCGUUAAUGGGUUUACAAGGCUAGGUCCCAGCAAUUCUAGUGCUAAUGUGAGUAUCGUCCUCCUCAUCAAGCUUGGCCAAACCAAAAUCAGAUAUCUUUGGGUCAAGAUUGGUAUCAAGCAAUACAUUAGUGGCCUUGAUGUCCUUGUGAACAAACUUCAGUCUUGACUCUUCAUGGAGGUAUGCCAAACCUCUAGCAAUACCAACACAAAUCUUCUGCCUUGUUGACCAAUCUAAUUUAAUUUGGUGUUCCUCUGGACCAAAUAAAGCACGCGCUAAACUAUUGUUUUCCAAGUAUCCAUAUAUCAGCAACAAUUGAUCUCCCUCCACACAGAAACCAUUGAGUUUAACAAGAUAAGGGUUUUGCAAAGCAGAAAUCAUGCCUAUCUCAUAUAAAAACUCACGAUUCCCUUGCUUUGAUUUAGAAGAAAGUUGCUUCACUGCUAUUAAUGUUCCAUUGGGUAAACACCCCUUGUACACGGGACCAAACCCUCCUUCUCCAAUCUUAUUGGAAACAUCAAAGUUAUUUGUGGCUGCUUCGAUUUGUCUUAUGGCUGUUGCUGGUCUUGUUGGUAAUGAGAAAAUGAAGGCUAGCACCAAUGUUAGGCAUAUUAUCCUUCCUUGUAAUAGUACUGCCAGGGCUCAAGUUAUCCCUGAUAUUAUUCGCUGUUAUAGCAGUGGUGGCCGGACAAUUAUAUUUGCAGAGAAAAAGGAGUCUGCUUCCGAGUUUGCUGGAUUGUUGCCUGGAGCAAGAGCUCUCCAUGGUGACAUUCAGCAGUCACAGCGUGAGAUUACAUUGAAAGGUUUUAGGUCUGGUAAAUUCUUGACAUUGGUGGCCACCAAUGUGGCAGCCAAGGGUCUUGACAUCAAUGAUGUUCAGUUGAUUAUCCAGUGUGAGUCUCCCCGGGAUGUAGAAGCAUAUAUUCAUCGGUCUAGACGUACAGGAAGAGCUGGCAACACUGGAGUUGCUGUGAUGCAUUAUGAUCCAAGAAGGUCAAAUAUAUCUAAAAUCGAAAGAGAAGCAGGUAUUAAAUUUGAACACGUAUCUGCUCCUCAGCCUGAUGAAAUUGCCAAAGUUAAUGGCGGGGAAGCGGCUGAAUUGAUUUCUGAUGUGUCUGAUAGUGUGAUUCCUUCAUUCAAAGCUGCUGCUGAGGAACUAUUGAACAACUCUGGUUUAACAGCUGUUGAGUUACUUGCAAAAGCUCUUGCCAAGGCUGAGGAUAAGGUUGACGGGGUGCAAGGUCUUGCUCUAACUGCAGAUGGACAGGGUGCUAUUUUUUUGAUGUACCAGUCAAGGACUUGGAUGCAUUUCUUGUCGGUCAGAAGAAUGCUGUCAAUGUAA